AUGGUGAAAAUGCACAAGCCGGCCAUGCUUGUUCUGCUUGAAACAAAAAUGGCAGACCACCAGAAACUGGCUCAAGAGCUCCAAUUUGAUAUGAUCAUCCAGUCUCUUGCAGUAGGGCUCUCUAGGGAAAUAGUGUUCAUGUGGAAAGAAGAGUAUGUGGCAGUGGAAGAAGUGUCCACGACCCCUCAAGGCUUCCAUGCAAUGGUAAAGGUAAGUCCCAACCACCCUCUAUGGCUCUUCUCUGCGAUCUAUGCUAGUAAUAUUUUAGCCAAUAGGAAACUCCUAUGGGAGAACCUAAUCACAACAUCAAAAAACCUCACAACCAAAUGGUUUGUAGGUGGAGACUUCAAUGAAGUCUUGAAGGCCAGGGAUAAAUUUGGGGGCAAUCCCAUAACCCUCAGCCGCAGCAAUAUGUUCUGGAACUGUAUAAAUGAGUGUAACCUUUUAGACCUAGUCUACAAAGGAAGUAAAUACACUUGGACUAAUAAAAGGUACAGUAAUAGAACUUCUCUAAUCCUGGAAAGAAUAAAUAGGUGCUUCGCCAAUGAAGGUUGUAUUCAGCAGUACCCUGAGGCAUUUGUGAUGCACCUCCCUAGGACCCACUCAGACCACUGUCCUCUUAAAAUUAACUUGGUAGGCUCUCCAAACAAUUACCUACCAAGGCCCUUCAAGUUUGAGCCAAUGUGGGCUAGCCACCCAUCUUUUCCUAACAUCAUCAAUAGGGCAUUCUCAGAUCAUUCCAACCUCCUUCAAUCCACUGAUUCCUUCAAGACUCUGGUCACCAUGUGGAACCAAGAAAUCUUUGGUAACAUAUUUCACCAAAAGAGAAGAAUCCUAGCUAGAAUUUCUGGAAUCCAGAGAUCUCCUAACUACUAG